GCCCCAGCUGAGGACCCCAAGGGCCCGAAGGAGUACCCUCCUCAAGAAUCUACUGAAGCUCCGAAGGGGUACGAAUCCACUGAGGCGCCAAUUGAAGACCCCAAGGCUCCGAAGGGAUACCCCUCUGACAAAUCCACGGAGGCACCGAAGGGGUACCCCCCUCACGAAUCUACCGAGGUGUCGGCCAAGGACCCUAAGAGCCUGAAGGAAUACGAAUCCACGGAGGCACCGGUAGUCGACCCUAAGGCUCCCAAGGGAUACGAGUCCACGGAGGCGCCAAUCGAAGACCCUAAGGUUCCUAAGGGAUACGAGUCCACCCAGGCCCCGGCGGAAGACCCCAAGGCUCCCAAGGGAUACGAAUCUACCAAGGCGCCUUCCAAGUACCCGGGCGGACUUAAGGACCCAGUCAAGACCACGCAGCCCCCGGCUUACGAGACGAAGCAGCCCGGGUACCCUACUGAGCCUCCGAUGAAGACCGUCUUCUAA